CUUGCUCUCAGCAGUCGAAGCCCUAGAGCUCAACACCACAACACCUCCAAUAUCCCACCAUACUUCUACAUAUAGCGGUUCAGGGUGUCAGCAAAGAUGGCUGAAUCUCUACCCUCCAAACUCGCCCAGGACCCCCUCUCACAGCCCAACCCCACAGAAGAACUUGACUCGGACCUCUCCGACAUCUUCAACUCCUCCGACUCCGACUCCGAUCCUUUCGCCCCUGACCUCAUCUCUGCCUCUAACCAUGCUGACUAUACCAAAUCCUACAACCGCCAACGCAAACUCCUUGACCCGUCCAUCCCCUCCUCGCAAAAACCUAAACACAACUCGCAGCAGAAGCCGGCUGCGAACACCAGCGCGUCGAUCGAUGAUCAAAUCGCAUCUCUCGCUAAACACGCUUCUAAAAUCCGACUCGACGAUGGGGGCGGCGGGAAAGAGAGAGGCAAGGAUAAAAGCGAUCGCGCGACUAGCGAGCAAGUUCUUGAUCCUCGGACACGGAUGAUUUUACUGCAGUUGAUUAAUCGAAAUGUUGUGUCGGAGAUCCAUGGUGUGAUUUCUACUGGGAAGGAGGCGAAUGUGUACCACGCUAUUUCUGAGACUACGCUCUCUGAUCCUGACGAAGCGGAUGGAGACAGGGGAGUAUCGGUCCAACACCGCGCAAUCAAGGUCUACAAAACGUCAAUACUUGUAUUCAAAGACCGCGACAAAUACAUGGCCGGCGAAUUCCGCUUCCGCGCCGGCUACAACAAGUCCUCAAACCGGGCCAUGGUGAAAAUCUGGGCGGAAAAGGAAAUGCGAAAUCUCAAACGCAUUUUCAGCGCUGGGAUCCCGUGUCCAGAACCCCUAUACCUCCGGCUGCAUGUUCUAGUCAUGGGUUUCCUAGGGGACCGCAAAGGCUGGCCAGCACCGCGACUUAGAGAUGUACAGUUCACGGGGCUGGGGCCGAUGGAGGAAGAGGAGAGGUGGAAGGAGUUGUAUGGGGAGUUGGUGGUGUGUAUGAGGAUGAUGUGGAAGGUUUGUAAGCUCGUGCAUGCGGAUUUGAGUGAGUAUAAUGUGUUAUAUCACAACUCGAAGUUAUACAUCAUUGAUGUCUCGCAAUCGGUUGAACACGACCACCCCCGGAGUCUCGAGUUUCUGCGCAUGGACGUCAAAAACGUAUCUGAUUUCUUCCGGUCGAGGAAUGUGGACGUCUUGUCGGAGAGGAGAGUGUUUGAGUUUGUCACUGAUGCAGAGGGCGGGAUGGAGAUGAAGGAGAUGAAGGAAACCAUUUCGCGGAUUUUUGACAAGAGGGCACGAUUAACUGAGGAGGAGAAGACUAAAGAGGAACAAGAUGAUGAGGUUUUCCGCAACCAGUACAUCCCGCAAACCCUCGCUCAGGUCUACGAUAUUGAGCGCGACGCUGAGCUCGUUAAUUCUGGUCAUUCAGAUGCUCUGGUCUACCAAAAUCUCCUCGCUAAAAAUCCUAACGACUCCUCUUUGAAACCAGACGAGCCCAACUCUGAGGAUGAUGAAAACGACAGUGAGUCGGAAGAUGAGGGAGAUGAGGAUCAGGAUCAAAGUAUAUUUGAAAAAGGUACGCCCCGUGGGAAGAAGAAUAUGGAUAAGGAGAAUAAGAAGGCGCAUAAGCUGGCGGUUAAGGAGGAGAAGAGGGAGAAGAGGAAGAACAAGAUGCCGAAGAAUAUUAAGAAGAAGUUGGUUAGUCAGAGUUCGAGGAAGAAGUGAGGGGUGAGAUUGUUUGUUCGGGGAAGUGGAAGGUAGAAGGUGGUGAGCUGGAGAGAGAGGAUCGAGCUGCGGGGUAAACCAAGUAUGGGGGGAUGGGAUUAAUGCGUCAUGCUUGCUUGCAUUUGUUAGGAGUUUCGUAGAAAAGGAAAAGGAAAACCAAUGGGAAAGGAAAAAGGAAUGUGAAUGUGGGUUACGCGUACAUAUUGAAUGCAUGAUAGAUCAUUGAC